AUGUCUGUCUCCGCAGCCUCGUACGACUCCAUGUUUCUGGGCUCUUCGGACUCCACCCUGGACCAGGACCUCUACACCACGUUUCUCGUUGCGGACUGGCACACCUGUGAGCAUUUCAAGGAGUCUCUGGUAGGGUACGAGGGAGUGAUCAAGGACAUAGGCAGCAUCCGGAUGGUGGGCUACGAAGCCUACAUUGUGGAGCAAUGGAUCUCCCAGCGGUCCAACAAAAACACCGUCGUCACAUACACGGGCGACUCCAAAGACUCGAUAAUAUGCCGCAAGGUCCAGAUAAUCAAUGACCCGAUCAAAUGGCCACGGGCGUUCCGUCAGUAUAUCAACGAGUUGCUCGAGUCGAAGUACUCUUCUCCCACAGAAACCGACCAGGGCAUCAUCUACAUCACGAACUUGUCGCAGCUGGAGUCGUCGGUGACCCUCAUUCCGCUCCCGCAGGGAGAUAUCCACGAGCUCUAUACCACAUUCGUGGUAAACUACAACCUCAAGAAACUCGGCUGCGGCACAAGAAGCGCGCUGGCAAUUUGCAUGCCCACGAAAACUGUCGAGGACAAGUUCCGCAACCUGUUCCAGAUCCCGCCCGAGGUGUCGCUGAUGUAUGCUGUUCGAGAAAUUAUUGCUGUGGUUCAGACGUUUCUCUAUUAUUACGAUUUAUUGGAUGCGCGGUUUUGCGACGGCCUGCUGUGUGAAAAGACAGAGGACGCCAUAUCGCGCUGGUGGGCGAUGAUCUUGCAGAUUCCUGGGUGCGAGGAAGCACUACGCCCAAACGCGUGCUGUUCGUUGUCUGCGUCAAUCCUCACGAUCCUCGGCUUCACGCUCAUUCUCAAAUCCAUUCUCGAGACGGCAGGAAACAACAUCAGCGUUCCGAAAGACCCUCUGGACCACGAGAAAAUCCGCAUAGCCAUCACACAGUUCCAGAGAGCACAGAAAAUCAAAAACCACCCCGGAAGGAGCGACGCUUACUCGGGUAAGUUCGAUCUUGAGACCAUCACCAAACUGUUGCAGUUCUGCAACUCCGCCAAAUCCAGCCAGACGUUUGCCAAAGACCUUCACAAGGUCAGAAAAAUGGUCAAGGAUACUGUUGUGGACUUCACCUCCGGAAAGACGCUGCAAACGUUGAAGCUCUCUCCGACCAACAAAAGUUCAAACAAAGAGCAGGAAGUUCCAGCUUCCAAGCGACUCUACAAUUGCCAGGACCCGGAGCAGAUCAUCCAGCUGGCACACGGUAAGCGGCUCAAUUAUUUGUGGAAAUGCAAGGGACACGAGCCUGAUCUCGACAGAUACUGUUUAGCGUCGCUAGCAAAACACCAUCGAGCCGCACAUCUGCCGCACACGCCUCCCUCCAUGCUUGGGGACUCGGGAACCGACUCCGAGAUGAACACUAUUUCGUCCAGCGCCAAGGCCCUGGAGCCAUCGUUGAUGUCGUUGUCGGCCGACAGAGUCAGAACUUACGACGAGCCGUUGCGCAAACAGAAGUCAAAGCGACUAAUCAUUGGCGGAAGUUUCCAGGACAGCGAUAAUCCAACCGACAUGAGACCACGAAUGAACGCGUACUAUGAAGGCUCUUUCGAGCAGAAGCAGGACAACACGCAGAUCAACCAGUUCAACGCGAGGCUGAAUAGGAGACACUCCAUUCCCUCCAUCGAAAAAGACCUCAACGUGCAUACAAUCAACCUUCACUCAUCCAACGAACAUGUCAAUAAUAGCAUUUUGCAUUCACAAGCGACGCUUCAAUCACGGGCGCUCAGAUCGAGGCGCGCUAACUCUUUUUCUCUAAUUCAAGAACAACUGACGAACGACUUCGACGAGAUCCCAACUGCGGAAGUUUUUUCAAUGGAGACGAUGGCUUUGGAUUAUCUGAAACUGCUGCGCGCAUAUAAACUUGGCAUUGUUAAAAGAUCAAACUCAUUCAAGCAGUCGGUCCAGGAGUCCAGAUUGCAGUUGCUCGAUAGACUUGGGCUCUCAAGAUAUACUGCUGAAUACGAGACCUCGAAAAACGAAUACUCGAAGCUGGCAAAGAGAUCUCACGAUGUCAACGACAAACUCGUCAAGAACUAUAAGAUCAAUGCCCGGCUGAAGUAUGAGUUGCGUUUGCUGCUCCAGAAAACCAAAGAGGUGGAAACCAAUUUGAAGAACCUCAACGAUUUCAAGAUGGCGUCGCUUGAGACCAAGAUCAAUGACCUGAAGACGAAACAAGAGUCUUCACAGAUCCCGAAAGUCGAAAAGCCCCAAAAAGUCAGUUUCAAGGUUGCCUUAAACAAACCCCAUUUGCUGGUUUCCAUCAUUCUCAACUAUCUGAGCAUCUGGUGGUUCCACUUGUUUCGAAACGUGGAUAAUACCCGUAUUGAGGAACAGUGGAAACUCAUUGACAGGAAUGAGCGUGUUGCUCGUUUUCUUAAGAAUUUUCAUCAGGGCGAUGAGAGUAUCUCCCAGAAAAACAAAUAG